AUGACCCAAGCCUUCUGGAAAACUUACAAGUCCAAAGUGCUGCAGACGCUGAGUGGAGAGUCUGAAGAGGAUCCGGCAGAGGAGAGGGAGAGCCCAGCAUUAGUGGAGUCUGAGACGGCAGAACCCACGGAGGAGACAUUCAACCCCAUGUCACAGCUGGCCCGCAGGGUUCAGGGUGUUGGGGUGAAAGGCUGGCUGACAAUGUCAUCUCUGUUUAACAAAGAAGAUGAUGACAAACUGCUGCCACCAGAGCCCUGUGUUGAUCACCCACUGGCUGCGCCCCCUUCCUCGCAGGCGGCCGCAGCCGAGACAGAGCCACGCGGACCAGGAUUCUGGGACGCGUUCGCCAGCAGGUGGCAGCAGCAGCAGCAGGCGGCGGCGUCCAUGCUGCGCGGCGUGGAGACCACCGCGGAGCGAGACCCGGAGACACAGGACAAGCCUGCCGAAGAGGCCACCGAGUGCCCCGAGACACGGGAGGCGGAUCCCGCGGCAGGCUUCAAGUGGGGUUUUCUCACCCACAAACUGGCAGAGAUGAGGGUGAAGGCCGCUCCCAAGGGCGACUAG